UUAUGUUAUAAAUGGAAAUGACGAAAGUGUUCGAGAUAUAAAGUGUGCAAUUUUACAGUAAUAUUUUACAGAGUUUGCAUGGAGUACUUUACUGUUAUUAUAUUGUAAGCCGCCUUAAUGGCUGAUUUGUCCACACUACUUUUCACAGCGUUGUUGAUAUUCUUGUCUUAUUUGUUUUGGCAAUGGUACUCUUCACGACAUACACAACACAAAGAGCCGGAAAAACCUCAUAGAGCCGAUAUAAUCAAAAAUCGUUUAAAGAAAUUCGAUAAUCCCUUGGGAAAAAAUCCAUCGACAAAACUUACCGACGAUGGACACAACAAAAGUGGUGAUAGCAGAGAUGGUGAGGGGAUCUUAGAGGAUAAGAAGGAUAUUAUUCUGGCUAAAUCUACUCAUAGCCACCAAAGUGUACGGUUUUCACUCACAGAUAAAGAACUUACCCAGGAACCUGUUAUUCGCCCGUUGAGAAAACUCGAAGAGCUUUUUGCAUGGAGAGAGGGGUAUGAUGAAUUCAAUGUAGCUAGUACACCAUUAAUGAGGGACACUGAUGGAUUGGAGCAACGGCCAAGGACUAUUGUGUGUCAUGAUAUGAAGGGUGGAUAUUUAGAAGACAGGUUUAGUCAAGGAUGUUCAUCAUCGGAUUGCUAUAGAAUAUAUCAUUGGCAAUAUAUUGAUGUAUUCAUAUACUUUAGUCACAACAUGGUUACCAUCCCACCACCAUGUUGGACAAAUGCUGCUCACAAACAUGGUGUGGUGGUUUUGGGUACUUUCAUCACAGAAUGGGAGGAUGGUGCUAUGCAAUGUGCAAAGAUAUUUCAUGAUAAGAAUUUGUACCAGACUAUUGCUGAUCAAUUGGUCCUACUGGCUAAAUAUUAUGGAUUUGAUGGUUGGCUCCUAAAUAUUGAAAAUCCCAUUCAGCCAGCUCAAAUGAAGAAUGUGGUUGAAUUUGUGAAGUAUCUGACAGAUGAAAUGCACAAACAGAGUGCGUCAUCUUUGAUAAUUUGGUAUGACAGUGUUACAUAUAAAGGUGAACUAAAAUGGCAGAACCAACUCAAUGAUGAAAACAGUGUGUUUUUUAAUAUGUCCGACGGCAUUUUCUUAAAUUAUGGUUGGAAUGAGAAAUGUUUGGCUUCAUCUGCUCAAGCAGCUCGUGAAAACAGACAAUAUGAUGUGUAUGUCGGAGUUGAUGUGUUUGGCAGGGGGGUGUUUGGUGGAGGGGGAUGGAAUAGUAAUAAGGCAACUCACCUCAUCAAAGAGAAACUUCUUUCAACGGCCUUAUUUGCUCCGGGAUGGGUCUAUGAGAAAUACAAAUCAAAUUUUAAAAUUAAUCAAGAUAAUUUUUGGGCCUCCAUUGCAGCAGAUUUAAAUACGCAUUUGAUUGGAUCUCGUUUGCCUUUUGUGACAUCAUUUUGUCAAGGUUAUGGAGACAAAUUUUUCAGUUAUGGAAAGAUUGUUCUACAUCAUUCAUGGUCUCACCUUAGUGCACAGCAACUUCAACCAACUUUCAUCAACCAAGUUUAUAGUCUAGGACAACCCGAUGGUGUUUCUCUGACCUCCGUUGACCAUCAGACAGAUACGGCAUAUCAUGGUGGUGGUUGUCUCGCUCUUGAAGGGUCAACGAAAAUUACCAAUCAACCAUCAAAAGCUAUUGUAAGGCUUUUCAAGACCAAUAUGAAGCUUCCAAGAACCACAAUGAUCAGCGUAACGAUGAAAGUAGAAGGAAACGAUUCUUUGGUUGUAGCUUUACAAUUACAUAUUGAUACAAAACCCAACUAUAUUAUGUUGUGCCCAAUGAACAAAGAUAGUGCUGUAGAUGAGCAAGACUGCCAAGAAAUGGAUAUCGUUGACAAACGUUUGGUAGAGCGUUACGGGGUGCCCAGGUCAGGAAAAGCUAAUAAACGAUGUAUGUCGUUACCAACAGUUGGUGAAGAGCAUUACAGAUUGUUUUCACCUUUACACGGAGACUAUCACACCAAAAUGAUGGAAAUUUGUUGUGACCACAAAGACGCUGAUAGUAGCUCUUGGUUUACAAGAUACUACCUACUUGCAGAGGAAAAUCUCAAAGGUUCCACUGUUAAAGAAAUUCGUUUGGUUUUAACAAACAACACAAUCUCUGAUUCUUCGAUGGAAAACGAAAGCGUUUCAUUCAAACUUCAUAUUGGAGAGAUUAAGAUUAUUAAUGCUGUUUCCCUCAGACAACCUUUGCCAUCAAUUUAUGGAUUGAAAUGUCUUGAAAGUGAAAUUAAAUGCCAUGUAAUUGAUGAAAAUACGCAAGCAACGACUUUAACAUUAUCUUGGAAUUAUGACAACAGUUUAAACAUUGAGCGUUGGGAAAGAUUUCAAAUUUACCAUCUUCAAGAUGGCGAUAAGAAUGUGUUUCUAGGAUACGCUUAUUGUUUGUCGUAUGUGGUCUGUAAUCUUCAUAUACCAAGGACACAGACUGAAAUUAAAUUUUGUGUACAGGCUGUGAGCGUUUGCCAGCGUAAAGCAAAGUUAGAAGAUUGCCCUACGAUUAUUGUAAAUUGGUCUUGAAAUUCACAAUUAAAUGUCUUUAUUUGUAUAAA